CGGAAGUGAUUAUACACUGUCGACAGCUGGGUUUUCAUUUUAAAAAUGGCGACCGACAAAGGUUAUGUGUUUAUAUGCGCUAGCUUGAUUCUUACGUUACUUUUUACCCCAAGUCGAUCUCGGCUCCAUCACCUGGUGCUUAAGGAUGAUGUCCGUCAGAGGGUUCACCUCAACACGUUCGGCUUUUAUAAGAAUGGCUACAUGAGCGUGAAGAUGAACAGCCUGAGUGUGAGUGGAGCUCCAACCAACAACAUCGACAGCUCCACAAUCGGUUUCAGCUUGGAUCGCACAAGCAGUAACGGCUUCUCUACUUACCUGGACGAUGGCUUAGACUACUGUGUGCUGAAAAAGCUGCCCAGCAGUGAUUUUGCAGUGGUUCUCCUAUUGCUGGACUUCAGAAGCAACCUUGUGAGGAUGAAGACUUCUGCAGAGGCGGGAAUGUUUCCUCACAUCGUUUCUGUGGUGCCGGAGACUGUAGUGGAAGAACGGAAGUCUAAAGAGAAAGCUCAGUCUGCUGCUGACUCUAAAUCCAAGCGGGACGUGACUGAGAAUAAGGCUGAUGUCUCAUAUCCCCUGCAGAGCAAAGGCAAUAAGUACUCCUUUCAGUUUUACUUCAAUGUAACGACAGAGGAGCAGCAAGGCCUGUACAACUUCUACUUCCACAACUGCUUCUCCUCCAUUGCUGCCAACCAGGAUGUGUCUUUACCGAACACACUUACUUUCAGCAUUGACAUCAAUAUAGAGGAGAAGAAUCCAGACAGCUUCCUGUCUGCUGGAGAGAUUCCUCUGCCCAAACUCUACAUCUGCAUGUCUGUGUUCUUCCUUCUCAUCGGGACACUGUGGGUCCAUGUUCUCCGCACGCGCAGAGCCGACGUGUACAAAAUCCACUGGCUCAUGGCAGCUCUUCCAUUCACCAAGUCCCUCUCGCUCAUUUUCCAUGCUAUUGAUUACUACUACAUCUCCAACCAAGGCUUUCCUAUUGAAGGCUGGGCUGUGGUUUACUACAUCACACACCUGCUGAAGGGGGCGCUGCUGUUCAUCACUAUAGCUUUGAUAGGGACUGGCUGGGCCUUUGUCAAACACAUCCUCUCAGACAAGGACAAAAAGAUCUUCAUGAUUGUCAUCCCUCUACAGGUCCUGGCAAACGUGGCGUACAUCAUCAUCGAGUCGACAGAGGAAGGCUCCAGCGAGUAUGGAUUAUGGAUGGAGAUCCUGUUCCUGGUGGACCUGCUGUGCUGUGGUGCUAUCCUCUUCCCGGUUGUCUGGUCUAUCAGGCAUUUACAAGAGGCAUCAGCAACUGAUGGAAAAGCUGCCAUCAAUCUGGCUCAGCUGAAGCUUUUCCGGCACUACUAUGUGAUGAUCGUGUGCUAUAUUUAUUUCACCCGUAUCAUCGCCAUCCUCAUCAAGGUCAUCGUGCCCUUCCAGUGGAAAUGGCUCUAUCAGCUGCUGGAUGAACUGGCAACUCUGACCUUCUUCGUCCUGACUGGCCACAAGUUCCGUCCAGCUUCUUCUAAUCCCUACCUGCUGCUGUCUGUGGAGGACGAGGAGGACAUGGAGAUGGAUGAUGUGGUAACUACAUCUACUGCCAUGGGGGAGGGUGUGAAAAAGGUGAAGAAAGUGUCAAACGGCCCAUCAGAGGAGCGGGAGAGCAUGGCAUGAUGGGAAACGUAGUCCUUCAGGGAUGUGUCUGGACUUAAUGGCUAGUUGCAACAUGGUGGGCAUUUUAACCUUCGCUUGUGGAGGACACGGUGAAAAUUCCCACUGGAUGUGCUCAUGCUGGGACGUGGGGUAAUAUCUCUGUAAAUGCUCUACAGACAGUAUAAAGACUCACUAACCUCCCUUUCUCAGUAGUUCUAAUGGAAACGCUUGGUGCUGUGCUUUUGUCUUCAGUUAAUGCAGGUUGUUUUGCUUUUAUUUAUUUAUUAUUGUUUUGUUUUUUUUAAUUCAUGGUCUCUUUAUGGUAUUUUUGUUCUAGCACUUUAGCCGACACACUCCGAACAAAUCUCAAGUCACUGCAGUGUCACUAUGCAGAUUCCUUGGUACUCCAGAGCCUCAAGUUUACAGAUUUGAGUUGAAUUACUUUUCGCUGAAAGUGGCGUUUAAAUAAAAAAGAAAAAAAAAAGAUGAAAAAGCUAGGCUGUAUUUCCUGUAUAAAUGUACAGAUCUGAGAUAAUUGUACAGACACAAGAUUUCCUACCUUUAAAGGAUGAACCUUGACUUUGUCAUGUUUUCAGUGGCAGUUACUGUAUCAUUUUUAUUUGAGGAUUAAUGAUGUUAUAUUUCGGGGAAUCUAAGCGUUUCCUAUGUGGAUGUUGCAAAUGAAUGCACUGGGCUGUAUCUUUCAAGAGUAUCAAUAAUUUUAAUAAUAUUUGAAAUCACAAAUCUUAAGUUAUCAUUUGGAUCAGUUAUAAAAGGGUUUUAUGUUAAUGCUUAAAUAUUUUGCUUUUCAGAAAUGUGUGGGCUAUAUAAAGUGGUGAUAUAUUCUCAGUAUUAAAUUGUGCAAUGGUUUGA